AUGAAUGCGUUUAACGUAAAUUUUGGCCAGGAUGAAGGCGUAGUUCGACGAGGUGCGGCACCGCGGGCCAAUAUGGAACGCGGUGACUGGCACGGGUCCGAUGAGGAGUCCGACGACGAUGAGCCGGAUAUGAAAGAUCCGGCAAUCGCCGCCUCAUCGGACGAGGAGAACGAUGAGGACGUAGAUGACAGCGGCUACGGAUCUGAGGAGAGCGAAGCCGAGUCGGCGAUAAACCAGGGCCACCAGGAGGAGGAGAGUGAUGAGGAAAUAUGGAGGGAACUAGACGAGGCGAUACGCAUGAUGGACGACGAAGAGGCGAGAGAUGCGAGCAGCGGCCGGAGUAGCCCAGAAGAGUAUGCGCCGUGGGAGCAAAAUGAGAUAUAUGAGCCUCCGGCAAGAUUGUGGGAGCCAGCGCGGCCACCAACGCCGUUUCGUAUGGUGGACUCAAUGACAAAAAAGGAUCGUUACAGUGGCAAAUUCGUCACUGCGGGAAUUACCACCGGGAGCUAG